AUGUUUCAUGGAACAAUCAUAGAAGAGCUAACCAAUCAUAGAGAAUGGAAUCACUAUAAUGAAAAUAUAAUAGAAGAUCACAAAGAUUUUGUUUUUGUGAAGUUCAGUGGCCUUCAUUUAAAAUCUAUGGAAAGUUUCCAAUCUUGUAUCUCUCUUAGAGUGUGCAUCUUCUCAAACAAUUUUAUUACAGAUAUUCAUCCACUUCAGUGUUGUAUAAAAUUAGUCAAACUUGAUCUUCAUGGAAAUCAGAUAAAGAGUCUACCAGAUACCAGAUUUUGGAGUGGAUUGAAGAACCUAAAGCUUCUCUAUCUACAUGACAAUGGGUUUGCAAAGUUGAAGAAUGUAUGUACGUUAUCUGCCUGUCCAAGCCUUAUUGCCCUCACUAUGUUUGAUUGUCCGGUAAGCCUUAAAAAAGGAUAUAGACAUGUUCUUGUCAACAGUGUAUGGCCUCUCAAAGCACUGGAUCAUCAUGUGAUUUCUGAUGAAGAAAUAAUUCAGAACUGGCAUCUUCCUGAAAGAUUCAAAACAUAUAACCACCGACUUUUCUUUAAUUUCUGCCCUGCUUUGAAAAAGGGAUCAACCUAUGAGGAUGAAAUUGAUAAUGUCAAUUAUAUUAUUUCAAAAAUUAAUGAAAUUCUGGCUCAUAACUCACCAGUUUUGAUUGUUCAAAGAUGGAUACGUGGUUUCUUAGCUAGGAAAAAAAUGAGCUGCUUGUUCUUGUAUAAAAAACAUCAGGAAAAAACUGUUAGUGAAUGUGAAAAAAAAAGGAUUUACAAACACAAAGGACUGGAAGAUAAACUUUUUAAGGAUCUCUUUUUUCAGCCUGGAACUAAUAUAACAGAAAGGCUUGCACAUUGGAAACAUAAUAUACAUUCUCCUGUUGAUUUAAAAUAUUCUAGUGAACAGAGAAAACGUGUUUCUUCUACUUUACAUGAAUUAGAAACAAGAAAACCAAGACAUCACAUUCAAAAAGGUCAGAAAAAGUCUGAAGAUGAAAUUGAGGAUGAAGAAUUCGAUGUCAGUUUUAGGAUAUCAGUAUUCAAACUACCCAUACAUACUUCAGAUUCAUUGAGGUAUGCUGCAGUAUUGAAAGCAAAAGAACAAGAUUAUUUUCCUACGUAUAACCAGCCAUUUUCUGCCACUCAUCAAAAACCAGUAAUUAAAAAAAAAGACAUGCUGUUGGAAAAGCAUGUAAGAAGAGAGUUUUUUACAACACAAAGAACUGGUAUGAAACUUCAAGCACUUUGUGAUAUUGAUAAAUAUUGCUCAGAACAAAAGAAGCAGCAAAGCUAUAAAAAUAAAGUAACCGCUAUAAGCAUGGCACAAAUGGCCCAAGAACAAGUUAGAUUAACUAUUAAAGAAAAUUUAGAUAAGAAAAUAUAUGCUACACAUAAACUUACUGCAAGACACAAUAAGACAAUUCAGAAUGGUUUACAACAACUUUGGCAGGACAGAUCCAACUACCUUGAGAAAGUUAAAGAGAGGAGAGCACUGUUUCUGGAAGAAAAAAAGCAAAAGGCUAAAGACCGUUUAUUAAUUCAAAACUUAAAUAAUGAGCGAACUCUUUUGACCAAAGGAAUUACUAAAAUUGACAGAUUGAAGAACAAACAGGCUGACUUAAAAGAGAAGAGUCUAAUUGUUCAGCAAAAACUGGCAGCUGAAAAAUAUCAAAAGGAUUUACUUAAACAAAUGAAGGAAAUUAGGGCUCAAGAAAUAUAUAAAAGACACUGUGAAGAAAAAUUUGUUAAUGAAAUGAUUGCUUUUCAAAAAGCUUGUGAAAGAUUUCAAGAUGUUAAAAGAAGAGCUGCAACUGUGAAAAAGACUUCAGUCUUUAAAGUUCCCAAUGGAAUGACAAAGUGA